AUGUCGGAUAUCAGCUUAUUGAAGCAGGAAUCAAUCACAGCCGUUGGCAUAUGGAAGAAAAGUCACUCUGUUGUUCCGUACCACAGCGGCGCCACGUUUCAUAGGCUUGCAGAGGUAAAACGCCACAAAAUCCUCGCUAUAAGCACUGAAGAAACAAUAUUUGCAUUGCUUCGGACAAAUUUUAUCUUGAUAGAUCGAGAAAGUGACCAAAUCUUACUCGCAAAAGACAUUUUUAAAAGAAUCGAGGAUUCUAACGACACUGAGACUCUACUCAGGGUUCAUGUAUACUUAUCACUGCAAAGGAUUGGUAAAUUCCCUAUAUCAGACAAUAUAAUUGUUGCAACUCCCGCCGACAUCGACAUUGAAGAAUACAUCAAGAGAUUCAAAUGUACAAAACACGAAAAGAUAGAACUACAUCAGUUAUUGGAUGCCUUCAAAACCUAUUAUGAGUCAUCCACAUUGCGAUUAAAUGGCCGAUACUCCAGCGUUGAGUGUAUUUGGUGCUAUAUCACAGGACACUAG